UUGCCCUUUUACUUAAUUAACCCUUAAAAGAAAGGAAAAGAUGAAAACCCUUCUCCAUCUGUGCUAAUGUUCGUAGUUGAUAGCCUAAUCGCCCGUACCUUUCUCUCCAAAGAUCACAGCAACUUUCACGAGCAGUGGAUUGGCGGUAGGUAAAAGCGAAAACCCAACUUACAGCUCGACUUUCAUAUUCAGGGAAGCUAUUUUAGUUUCAGAAAAAUGGAUCCAUUAUCUCAGUUUUUAUUGGCAAUUCUCUUUUUCCAUAGCUCAGAAUACAUUUUAGCUGCUGCCAUUCAUGGGAUGUCAAAUGUUAAUGUCAAAUCACUUCUUGUCAGUAAAGAAUAUGUUUUAGCCAUGGUCUUCGCAUUGCUUGAAUACUUUUUUGAACUCCUUUUAUUCCCUGGACUGAAAGAACAUUUUUGGGUUAGUAAUCUAGGGCUUGCAAUGCUUGUUGUAGGAGAAAUUGUAAGGAAAUUGGCUAUUGUAACUGCUGGUCGGUCUUUUACACAUUUAAUUAGGGUUUAUCAUGAGGACCAUCAUAAGUUGGUUACCAGUGGAGUUUAUGCCUUUGUUCGUCAUCCGAGUUAUUGUGGUUUCCUGAUUUGGUCAGUUGGUACUCAGAUAAUGCUUUGUAAUCCUAUAGCCACUGUUGGUUUUGCUGUUGUUGUUUGGCGGUUUUUUGCGGCGAGGAUUCCUUAUGAGGAAUAUUUUUUGAGGCAGUUUUUUGGGGCGGAUUAUGAGGAGUAUGCUCGAAGAGUUCCUUCUGGGGUUCCAUUUGUGAUGUGAUAAGCUUAUUUUGGGUUAGUAGUUUGGGGCUUGGUCUUGUUUAAGUAGUAGUAGUUAAUAGAAAAUUUUCUAUUCUGACUGUGGCUAGUCAUUUGAGCAUUUGAUUAAGUUAUGGUUUACCAUUUGGAACAUUUCAAACUGGUUAGAUGUAGCUUGUUGAUUGUUUCAUCCUACGGAUCAUUAAGGUUUCUUUGUUUGGUAAGUUUGUAAUCAGAUAACACUCUGUAAGGCAGUUCUUUGCAAAGUGGAUCCCUUAUGAGUGGCCUUUCCUUAAAGCAAAAUUUGGGGCAGGUUAUGAGUAUGUUUGAAGUGUUUGUUCCGGGGUUCCAUUUGAUUAGUGCAUUGUGUUAGUAUGAUUAGCAUUGGCUUUUAUAAGUUUUUCAAGGGAAAGGAAAAUUAUUUCUGUUAAAGGUAUAAAAUACUAUGAGAAGCAUCGUAAGUUUGUUAGACAGAGUUCAUGGAUCCUUCGUCACCAAGGGAAUAUAAGGUUUAUUUGUUUGGUAAGUGGGUACUCAUAAAAUGUACCUAUUCUUUAUGUUGCUCAGAUUCGGAUGUGAGUUCCGCACACUUAUGUUCAAUUUUUUUCUUGUAUGUGGAGGGUUUGUUGAUUGUAUGAGAAGGGUUGGCAUUGGUUUGUAAAUGCUUUUCAAGUCAGCAAAAUGAAAUUUCUUUUGAUUAAGGCGUAGCUUUCCCUGAUAAACAUCAUAAGUUGUAGAGACAGGACUCAUGGAUUCGUUCAUCAUCCAGGUCAUAAGAUUUCGUUGUUUGGGUAGUUGCUACUCAGAUUAUGCUCUGUAAUCCUGUUUUAAUUAUUGUUUUGCUGUUGUGGUUUGGCUGUUCUUUCCAAAGAGGAUCCCUUGGGAACGGCUUCUCUUUUGAUGCAGAUAAUGAGGAAUAUGAUUGAUUGUUUGUUCUGGCUUGGGGUUCCAUUUAUGAAGUGAUAAUUUGUGGAUUGUGUUAGUUGUAGGGAAGUUGCACCAUCACACUGCAUUUUGUUCUGAAGGAUCCGGUACCUAUAUUGGACCCUUUCAGGAUCCUUUUAAAAUAUGCAAAAACUAUGAAAAAGUGAAACCUGUGUCAAAGAAGUGUAUCUGACACUCAUAAUUGAAUCCGAAUAAACGUAGAUAGGGCUGAUAUUGAUUCCUCACUAGGAAAAUCGGAACCAAUUGUAUAAUUACUAAGGGAUUAAAGCUUCAUGUCUUUUGCUGUAUGUGUUUGUUUUUUUUUCUCGGCACUUCUUUUAUGUAAGUUUAUAGAGUUCAUGAAAUAUAUAUAUACAUGGAAAUGGUUACUCAUCCAUGUAUACUUGGAUAA